AACAAACUGGGAAGCAUCUCUGCUUCUCUUGCAACAGCUAAGUCUUGUUCUGUCUAAACUUGAAAAGCAUUCCUCUCUCUCUCUCUCUCUCUCUCUCUCUCUCUCUCUCUACAUCCAUGGCUCCCAACAAGUUUGCAACCAGGUUGCAUAGAAGCGUCCCCAAGUUCAUUGUAAUUCUAGUGUAUGCUGUCCUUGAAUGGACUUUGAUAAUGCUCCUCCUCCUCAACUCUUUGUUCAGUUACUUGAUCACAAAAUUUUCCAAGUACUUUGGCCUCAAACCACCUUGCCCAUUGUGUACUUGUAGAGUUGAGCACAUCUUGGAACGAGGCAAGAGCUCAAAGUCUUACACAGAUGAUGUAUGUGAGAUGCAUGCCACUGAGAUAUCAUACAUGUGCUACUGUUUGAAUCAUAAAAAACUGGCCAAAUCACAUAAUAUGUGUGGCAACUGCUUGGCUUCUCAACCAAAUUUUAGAGGAAAUUCUACUGGAAUGCCAACAAGUAUGGCUUUCGUUUCGUGGUUGAGUGAGAACAAGCUUGAAAAAGAAGAGAAAUUACCUUGUGUAUGUUCUUGCUGCAGUGAGAGCUUGAACAGCAAGCUCUACUCUCCUUCUUCGCCGUUUGAGCCGUCUUGGGGUUCCUUGGAGUAUGCCAAGAAAGGAAAUUCAACUAUAGAAUACCAAGGCACAACCAAACCUGAUAGCCUGUCAACCCACAGUGACAAUGGCUAUGAGAUGGAAACAACUAAUGAAGAACAUGAGGAUGAUAGAGUGGCAGAUGAACAUCAAUUCUCAUCUGAUGUUUGUAGUUCUAGCUUCAGAGGCAAUGCAGAGGAAGAUUGUCCAAGGUCUGGAUCGACAUUUCUAUGUCAUGAAACGGACGCGAAUGCAGAUAGCAAAGCAGGUUCUCGUGACAUUAUACGGUCAGAUUCUAACAGCAUGAAGCUUGUCCAUCAAUCCUCUGAUGCUAGUGCUACUACCAUCCAGUGUUGCUUUGGAGAAGAUUACUCUCUUGAAAUUAUCCCCCUGCCUUCCGAAAAUGGUAUGGUCUGUGCUCUCAAUCAUCGGUUGAUUCCCAUUGAGUUGAUUGAUUUUUCAACAAGAAUAGACCAAGGAAUCCUCAAUGCAAAAGAGGAACAUGUGAGAGAGCAUGAUCAUCAAGAAGGAAGUUUUGAUUCUGAGCCAAGUAUUGGAUCGCGACAUCAACUCUCGGGACAAGCAGCUUUGUUCAUGAUAAACAAGAGUUCACAGAAGACGAGUAAUGGGGAUCUUGAAAGCCUGGAGAAGGCGAGGGGUUUUAGUGAUAAUUCUUCUGUUGUAGAUGCAGAAGAGGGAAAACAAGAUUUGGUUUGCAUGCCAUCUGAUCAAGUUGUCACUGCUCCAGGACGUCAAAAAUUAUUUGUUCGCAUUGAAGAGCCGGAUAAGAAGGAACCAAAUGAUCCACCAGCAUCUGAAGAAGAAAGUACUUCUGUUGAUCACAUUCUAUCAAGAAGUUUGGCACAUAUGGAAGUGUCUGACCAUGCAACUGAUCAGCCUCAAGCUCGAGAAGGUUCUUCAUCGCCAUGCUUCGAAAUUCCCAAUGUACCUGACACAUUCAUGGCUCAGAAUGAUAAUGUUUUGACAGGUAUAUGGCAUGAAGAAAGAGCUACAUUGCAAGGGGAAACAAGCAUGCUUGAAAAGGCUCAAGAAGAAAUAAAUCAUUCAUGCAUGUGUUCAGAGCCUAAUGAACCAGAGGAAGAGAAUUUUCCUGCCACACCAACUUCUGUAAACAGUCUUGGUUACUUGCACAAGAAACUGGAUGAAAAAAAGGAAUCAGCGGUAGAAGAGUAUUUAGAUGGAAGUGUGGUAAGUGAGAUGGAAGUUGGGGAUCCUGUUGCAACCAUUGGACGGCUCAAAGCAGUGCUGACAGCUGAACGUAAAGCUUUAAGUUCUUUAUAUGCAGAACUAGAGGAAGAGAGGAGUGCGUCUGCAAUUGCUGCCAACCAGACUAUGGCUAUGAUAACAAGGCUUCAAGAAGAGAAGGCAGCAAUGCAAAUGGAGGCAUUGCAAUACCAGAGGAUGAUGGAAGAACAAUCUGAGUAUGAUCAGGAUGCCUUACAACUUUUGAAUGAGUUGAUGAACAAAAAGGAGAAGGAAAAGCAAGAACUAGAGAAAGAAGUGGAAGUUUAUCAAAAGAAAGUCCUAGAUUAUGAGGAAAAAGAGAAGAUGAGGACUGUGAGCAGAAUUAAAUAUGGAAGUGUAAGAAGUAGAAACUCUUCUGCUUCUUGCAGCCAUUCAUGGGAUAGUGAUGCGCUAUCGAUUGAUCUUAAUUCUCAAGCAAGGGAUGAAGAUAGUGGCUUCGGUGGCCAACAAGAAAGCAGUAACCACAAUACUACAGAUGAAGCGGCUCUAAGUUUGGAAGAAAUAGCUUUGGAUUGUGUUAAAAAUAUGAGUGUUCUUGAUGAAUCACUAGCUGGCUUCGAGGAAGAGAGGCUGUCCAUUCUUGAUCAGCUCAAAGCAUUGGAGGAGAAGCUAAUCACAUUGGGUGAAAAUGAGGAAUUCUCCGAGGAUGUUAAAUCAAUUGAGCAUUCCUCAACGUGUAGUGUUAAAGACUUUGAAGAGAAUCAUGAUUUUAGUAGUCCAGAAGAAAAUGGGAUAUCGAAUGGAUUUUCUAAGGAUCAACACCAUCCUGAGAGACAAACGUUGGGUUCCAUGGCAAAGAGGCUUCUUCCACUUUUGGAUGCAACUGACAAUGAAACAGAGGAAGGGUUGAUGCAUGAAGAACAAGCUGAAUCUGAAUCUACUGGAAUGCAGAAUUCAUUUACCAGUUUUGAAUUGCAUGAUAACAAAAUAGCCAUUGAAGAGGAGGUGGAUCAUGUUUAUGAGAGGCUACAGGCUCUUGAAGCAGACAGGGAGUUUCUAAAGCAUUGUAUGGGCUCCAUAAAGAAGGGAGACAAGGGAGUGGAUCUUCUCCAAGAGAUCCUGCAACAUCUCAAGGAUUUGAGGGUCGUUGAACUCCGCGUAAAGAACCUGAAUGAUCCUGAGGGUGAAGUUGCACUUGAUUGAUACAAUGAGAAGCUAAGAGUUUGAUGAUUGCAGAUUGCACCCCUGGUGAUCAGAAUGCCUACAGAAACAGAUAUGUCAGUGAUGAAGAAUCCACAUUUUGUUUAAAUACUGUUGAACAAAAAUUGUGGGAUGAGGGGAAGAUCUCUUAAUGGAGGAGAGAGAUUCCUAGUUUUGUUUGUUCCACUUGGGUUUGGUAUAAGAAUAAUGCUAUGCCCAAAAUUUUGCAGCAGCUCUUCAUCACUGCAGUUACCUGGCACAGGUGAAUGGUGAAGAGAAGCAUACUAUUUUGAAUCUGUUGGUUAGGAAAUUACUUCUGAUUUUCUCAUGCUUCUUCUUAGCUCUUUUUUAUUUUUGGGUGGGGGAAGAGGAUGUGUAACUCUUAAUCCGCCUGUCAUAUUAUCAUCAGCCUUUUUCAACUCAAAGCAGGACAAGUCUUUGUAAACCACAUAUAUGGUCCUA